ACAGUUGGUCUCCUGGGCUGUGCCACCCUUCCUCUAUAAAUUGCUUCAUCUGAUCCUCCUCUUGGCAUCUGCAUCUAAGGACAGCGCUACAAGCACGACAACAUGAGGACUGUCGGAUGGAAUAUGUUGAUUUUAACGUUUGCCUCACUGGCUUCAGGUCAAGCACCAAAGGACUGUUCAGCACCAGUUAAAUAUCCAAACACCAGACUGGAGACGAAAUACGCCAGCAGAGAGAAAUUCAGCAACAACGAGAAAGUUUACUACAGCUGCGACGACGAAUUCGUUGCUUACAAAGGCAGCCGAGCUGUGCAGUGCGUUAACGGGCAGUGGACCAAACUGAGUCUAAAAUGCGAAAAACUAUCAUGUGGCAAUGCUGGGGAUCUACCCAAUGGGGAGUUCCAUUAUGAAGGGAAUACAUACAUUGGGGAGAAGGUUUAUGCAGUGUGCAAUGAGGGAUACAGUCUUAAAGGGCUGAACUACAUGAUAUGCAAAAAGUCUGGAUGGGCUGGUGUAUUCCCAUCAUGUGAAGAGGGAGAGGUCACCUGCUCUACCCCAGCAGUAGUCAACUCUGUGCAGCGAGGUGACGACGUUUCUGUAUACCGGGUGGGAGACAACCUGACCUUCACCUGCAGUGAAGGUUUCCAGCUAGAUGGGGCUCAGGUGAUCACAUGUGACCCCAGUGGUCAGUGGCAACCUCAACCCCCUCGAUGUGUGCCCUCACCUGAUGAUAAAAUUCCUCCACCACCUGCAGGUAGCUGUGGUGUGCCACAAACUUUCAACAACUUCAAUGGCCACCUUGCUGACAGGUUCACCACAAAGACAUCUUUUUCUUCUGGGGCAAAGGUCUAUUAUAAGUGUGAUGUUGGAUACGCUCCAGCAGGUGGCAGAAAGUCUCGCAUCUGUAACAAUGGAAAAUGGACACCACUGACGCUAAAAUGUCAACGAAAGCUUUGUGGCUCAGCUGGACAGAUUCUGAAUGGACAGAUUCUCUAUUCUGGAGCAGAGUUUGGAGACACAGCUACAGCCAUCUGUGAUGACGGAUUCAUUCGUGUGGGACAUGCAACCAGAUACUGCAUGGCGAAUGGCUGGAGUGGACGCAAUCCUGUUUGUGAAGUUGUGGUGUGUGAGGACCCCCCUGAAGUGAGAAACGCAGUAAGGAUCAGCCUUCAGGAGGAACUUUACAGAUACAAGAGUGCUGUUCGGUAUCAGUGUCGUUCAGGAACUCUCAUUGGAGAAAGGGAGAUUUGGUGUACUAAAAAUGGCACAUGGAGUGCACCUGCUCCAGAAUGCAAAGAAAUAACAUGCCCAUCACCAAACUUGCCUAAUGCCUACUGGACAGGAAACCACAAUCAGGUGUUUCAGUAUAGGGCCACGAUAUAUAUUGAGUGUAAUGUAGGUUAUGUCAUGACUGGGCGGAGCACAGUGUUCUGUGAACGCGAUGGUCGAUGGUUGCCUGAGCUUCCCAAAUGUCAACGUAGAAAUCGUUUGGCCAACCGUUGGGGCUAAUUUCCCAGCUCUCACACCGCUGUAUUCAACCAAACCUGUCUAAACCAUUUAACAGCUAUUUAAUCAUUGAAGGAUGAUAACAGUUAAGCUAACAAUACAUUCCUUCCUAACUGUAUCUUAUUAAAACCAACCUAUACCAUUUGUAAUAUCUUAUUCCUAGAAGAUGCGUAUUAUUAGAUACAGACAUUAAAACAUGUUUUAAAUGAA